AUGCUGUUCCUGCGGCCCCGAUACUGUUCCCGCGGCCCCGAUGCUGUUCCCGCGGCCCCGAUGCUGUUCCUGCUUGCCCCGCCCGUGCUGUCUGAUGACCCACGUCCGUGUCCCCUCCUGGGAGCACUUCUUCCUCUUGGUGGUGCAGGAUGGCACCUGCUGGAUUUGCCCCGAGGCGUGCGGACCUGGGGUCCCCCUGCUGUCCGGCUGGGGGCCCCGCAGCAGGCGUUACCGCAUGCCUGUGCCGCAGGACGUGAAGGUGGGCAGCUGGGACCCCAGCCGCGCUCCAGCUGUGCUGGGUUGCGUAACACACGGGGCUGUUCCUUGGCUGUAAAACGGAUCGUGGCGGGUUGCGAUGACCUGGCCGCGUUCCCGCUCCCAGUAACGGGACCCCGGCUGUGUGUGUCCCUGUUGUCCCGUGGGCCCUGCAGCUGGGCGGGCUGUCGAAGCCAGAGUCUCUUCUGUGCUUUCUGGGGCCUCCCCCAUUAA